CAAUCAGUGCACAUGCGCGAUUAAUAUUGUGACGCAUGGCUUGAUCGUCAGUCUUUGCCUGUUCUCCGUACGGUGUUGACGUAUUUACUCUCUCUGUUUUCCUCUUUUCUCUUUCCUCUCACUCUGUACUCUUUCCGGUUUUACGACACUUAGUGAAAGAUUCGCCCUUUGCAAAAUGGCGACGGAGGCUAUCACCAGGAGAAAGCUAAAUGAACAGGAGCAGAAAAUAAGCAGAAACGGCUUAACCUUUUACGAAGACAUCUUAUCCAACGGCCAUGCUGGUUUACAAACCAAUGGACGUGUACAGUUUCCAGAAAAUAACACGAGGGCAGAGCCAGUGAAACCAAGAUCAAAGGAGUCGUUCGAGAGGAUACCGUUCAUCACUGCUGUGUUAACGCACCUAGGGUUCUGUAUCCUUAUGUUUUUGGGUUUUAUAAACCAAUUGCUUUUCAUCCCUAAAGUCGCACAAGAACACAAUAGGAAGGGUUAUGCAGCACUGUACGAACAUUUUGAAGAAUUUUAUCUUCGAUAUGUUUACAGAAGAGUGAGGGAUUGUUGGAACAGGCCCAUAUGUUCUGUUCCAGGUGCGACCGUUACACUUAAGGAUAGAAUAACAAAAGAUUAUGGAUGGACGUUUCAGUUUACAGGAACGACAUCAGAAUGUAUAAAUUUAGGGUCGUAUAAUUACUUGGGCUUCGCGGAGGCAAAUGGUAAAUGUGCUGAUCAAAGUAUUGAAACUUUGAAGAAAUUUGGCUGUGCUAGUUGCAGUAGUCGCCUCGAACUCGGAAACAUGCCAAUUCACGAAGAAUUAGAGCAACUGACGGCUAGAUUUUUGGGCGUGGAGGACGCCAUUGUUUUUGGAAUGGGUUUUGCAACAAAUGCUCUUAAUUUGCCCUCGUUAGUAAGCAAAGGUUGUUUAGUACUAAGUGAUGAAAAAAAUCAUGCUUCAUUGAUACUUGGGCUGAGACUGUCCGGUGCUAUUGUAAGAGUGUUUAAGCAUAAUAACAUGAAGGAUCUAGAAAAAUGCUUAAAAACUGCAAUAGUUUUUGGUCAACCAAAUUCUGGAGAACCUUGGAAAAAAAUAGUAAUUGUAGUGGAAGGCGUUUAUUCCAUGGAAGGUUCUAUUGUACAUUUACCUGAGAUUUUGCAACUCAAGAAGAAGUACAAAGCAUAUCUUUAUUUGGACGAGGCUCAUAGCACUGGUGCAUUAGGUAAACGUGGAAGAGGAGUUUGUGAUUAUUAUGAAGUUGAUCCAAGAGAGGUGGACAUACUAAUGGGUACUUUUACAAAAAGUUUUGGAUCUGCUGGAGGUUAUAUUGCUGGAACAAAGUCAUUAAUAAACCACUUAAGGAUAUACAGUCACGCACAUACUUACGCAGUAGCCAUGUCACCGCCGAUAGCACAGCAAAUCAUAACUUCGAUGAAAAUAAUUACCGGUGAAGAUGGUACAGACGAUGGAAAGAGAAGAACGAAACAAUUAGCAAGAAAUACUAGGUACUUUAGGCGCAGACUUAAUCAGAUUGGAGUUAUUAUUUAUGGGAACGAAGACUCGCCUGUUGUACCUAUGUUAGUUUACCUGUUUUCUAAAAUAGGCGCAGUCGUGCGAACGUUAACUACGUAUAACAUAGCUGCAGUAGGUGUUGGAUUUCCAGCAACUCCGUUAAUGGAAGGCAGAAUACGAUUUUGUCUUUCUGCUGCACACACUAAACAACAACUAGAUUAUGUGUUGUCACAUAUUGAGAGUCUUGCAGAUUCCUUGGGUUUAAGAUAUUCUCGUAAAGUUCGCGAUCCAGCGCCUAUUGAAUAUUAUUCCGAUGGAGAGGCAGAAUGACCUGCUAUGUAGAAAAUAGACUCUCUAGGAUGUUCACUUUGCUCCAAAGAAGCCUCUCGUAUUUCUAUGGAGAAACACUGCCUUGAAAGAACUCUACACGCAUUCUUUUAUAUGCUUUUCCAUUGAUGCCCACACUGUACCUCUUAAUUGAAUCGCAAAUAACAAAAGAAUACACACAUGUGUGUGUGUGCGUGCGUGUGUGUGUGCGUGCGUGCGUGCGUGCGUGCGUGUGUGUGUGUCGCUAUCAUUAUGACAUCAUAAAUUAAUAAUCCAUUAUUUUAGAAGAAACUGCUUCUUCUUCUUCCUUUUUUUCGUAUAUCGUUGGAAAUUCCACAUGAACGAAGAAAGUGUCGAAUAUUUUUAAAGAUUUUUCACACUAUGUACAACGAAUUACAAAAUAUUACGGAGAAGCCAAGAGUGCGUCAGAGUUCAAUUGGCCCGUUAUUUUACGUGCACGAAACUCGUAGAGGCAUAUGCACAUAUCGGUGGCUGUGAUAUGCCAGAAAUCCUAGAUUCACAAGGUAGUACUAACAGAGGAAAUUUACUCAAAGUAGUUCUUCCUUCCCGAGUAAAAUAGAAAAGUUAGAAGUUCGAUAUUUUUCUAAAAGAAGGGAAAAGAUCGAACCACGAUUUUACUGAAGAUAUUUGGAAGCUCUUUGAUAAAUUCUACACCGCACUACCGAAAUUGCAUUUACUUCAUAUCAAGCUUUUACAUCAAAAUUUAAUCCCUAUUGCUAUGGCAAAUAUCUUAGUAUUACGAGGUAUGCAACAGCAUAGAGCUUUGUAAAUUUAUUUACUUUCCAUUAUAUGUUUAAGAAAGUUCACGCAUACACGCAAAUACAUAUACGCAACGAACAGUUAAGGUAAGUACUUGACAUAUUUAAUGCAAAAGAUACACAUCUAUGCGCAACAAAUACCGGAAAUAAUACUUUGAAUUUAUCGCAAGUGAUAAAUUAUCUCCGGUUAUUACAGCAAGAGGGUUUAAAUUUAAGAUGACAAAAUAUAAUGUUUUUUCUCACUUAAAUAUUAUACAAAUUUAUACUACGA